AUGAAGUACACUGUUACCAUUGGUGCUGGCCUCCUCGCCGCCGCUGCUGUUGUCAAGGGUGCCUACGCUCGGACCGAAGACUUCGAACUGCCCUGGGCGGCAAGCAAGCGAGCAAGACUCCAGAAGCUAGCUGGCCCAGAGUGCCGCUGCGAGGGACAGCGUGAGAACAUCAACUGCGCCGACGAUCGACCCCAGACUUUCCGGCGACUCAGCUCUUCCAAUGUCCUGAGCAAAAUUACACCGGCAGCGGCAGCAGUCACCUCCCGCCCAAGUCUGCGAGUCCCCCCCGUCUACGGUACUCCCUCCGCCGUCUCCUCGGCUGCUCCCACCGGUACCGCCACCCCCACUCUCCCCGUCUACGGCCAGCCCUCUGCCACUUCCUCGCUCGCUGCCACCGUUACUGCCACCCCUACCCCCACCAUCCCCGUCUACGGCCAGCCUUCCGUCAGCUCGUCUGCCAAGGCCACCGUCACCACCCCCACCUACGGUACCGCCUCUGCCACCUCCUCCCUGGCUGCCACCGUCACUGCCACCCCCACCUCCACUGACGUCUGCGUCGUCAAGACCGUCACCGUCACCCCCACCUACGGCACUCCCUCCGUUACCUCCUCGGUCAAGGCCACUGCCACCACCCCCGCCUCCGUCCCCGUCUACGGUACCCCCUCGGCCACCUCUUCGCUCGCCGCUACCGUGACCGCCACCACCACUGGCACCGUCCCCGUCUACGGCACUCCCUCGGCCACCUCCUCGGUCAAGGCUACCGUCACUGCCACCCCCACUGGCACCCCCUGCACUGCUGAGGUUUCCUCCUCUGCCAAGGCCACCGUCACCACCCCCACCUACGGUACCGCCUCUGCCACCUCCUCCCUGGCUGCCACCGUCACUGCCACCCCCACCGGCACUGUCCCCGUCUACGGCACCCCCUCUGCCACUUCCUCGGUCAAGGCCACUGGCACCACCACCCCCACUGGCACCGUCCCCGUCUACGGUACUCCCUCGAUCAGCUCCUCGGUCAAGGCUACCGCCACCACCCCCGUCUACGGCACUGCUUCCUCCUCCAUUGCCGCCACCGUCACCGCUACCCCCACCUCUUCCGUCUACAAGAAGAAGUGCUCCAAGCGCCCCUCGGCCACCUCCUCCCUCGCCGCCACUGUCACCUCGACUGCCUCGGUCCCUGGCUACACCGCCUCUGCCCGCCCCACCGUCACCUCGACUGCCUCGGUCCCCGCUUACUCGACCGCCUCGGCUCUCCCCACCGUGACCUCCACCGCCUCGGUCCCCGCCUACUCGUCGGUUGCUCCCACCGGCACCUCCACCCCCGCCUCGGUCCCUGCCUACUCCACUGCUGCCUCCUCGGCCGCCCCCACUGGCACCUCGACCCCUGCUUCGGUCCCCGCCUACACCACCGGCGCCUCCUCCUCGGCUGCCCCCACCGCCACCUCCACCCCCGCCUACUCCUCGGCUGCUCCCUCCGCCACCUCCACCCCUGCCUCCACCCCCGCUUACUCCUCGGCUGCUCCCUCGGCCUCCUCCACUCCCGCCUCUACCCCUGCCUACUCUUCGGUCGCCCCCACCGCCACCUCCACCCCCGCUCCCUCCGCCACUACCCCCGUCUACUCCUCGGCUGCUCCCUCGGCCUCCUCCACCCCUGCCACCACCCCCGUCUACUCUUCGGCCGCUCCCUCCGUCACUCCCUCUCCUUCGGCCACCACCCCCGUCUACUCCUCCGACGUUCCUUCGGCCUCCACCUCCCAGGUCGCCCCCACCGGCUACAGCAGCGCCCCCGCUCCCUCGAGCUCCGCUGCCCCCACCGCCUCGGCCCCCAACUACUAAACGGGAUGAGUCCUCCUGAAACUGUCACUGUGGCGUGACUGUCGCUUUCGCGCGCGCACUUUUUGGCUCUGUAGUUUUUGAUACAACCUCUUAGAUUGGUCUGCGUGAAACCCCGGCAGCCUCUGCCCCCCGCCUCCUCGCCACUCUCUCGAAGAUGAUUGCCGCCCAGCCGUCUGUCGACUGUUUCUCACUCUGCCUCCCGCUUUUCAUUUCUUUUUCUUCUCCCCGCCUUCGACGUCGAAUUCUUUUACCUUUAUAUUUGCACCUUGUCCAAUCGUCCUCCAUCUGUGUUACGACGAGUCUGUACGUUAAAUGCCAAUCAUUAAGAAAUCCUUCCAGAUAAAAAUGUAGACAUCUGUUACAAAAUAUUGCUUCCGAGCCAAGCCAGAUCUACUUUCUCUCCCCCAAUCUAUGGUGCCUGUCGGGAAAUGUCUUGUCGCGGGUGUCUGCAUUUUAUCUUCA